AUCCCAGUAUUCAGUGUAAUAUCAGUAUAAUACAAGUAAUAUAUAUAAAGAACAAAGGCGUUCGUUUUGUAUGAACACAAUAACUAAUAAAAGGUCGUUUUGAAAUUACAGAUGAAAAUAGAGUUUAUAACAUAAUUCUACUGAAACAAAGAAACUUAUCUGUGUUUGAAUUUUAACUCAAAACGGAGAUUCUUGUACCUAACUCCACUGGAAAAUCAACUCUAGAAGCAUAACUAAGAACAGAGACUCAUAUAACUGAACGGAACCGAAAAAUAAAACAGAUUUCGCAAGCAUAACUAAGAACAGAGACUCAUAUAACAACGAAACAGAAAAAAUUAAACUAAUUUCGCAUACGAAUCAUAACUGAAAACAAGAGACACUUAUAACUAAAAUCGACUGAAAGGAAAAAGAAAAAAAAAAUCAGUGUAAUGGUCCCUCGUGUCGGCCAUGGUUAUCAAGUCUAAGCUCCCACUCCAAGACUGCUUUCGACCCACGCCCUCGCCAACGCCCUCGUCCUCCUCGAGUUCCCACGCCCCUGGAACGCCCAACCCGGUGCAGACGACGGUGAAGUGGGCGGCUAAGAGGACGCUACAGCAGGGCGUGGUGAUGGUGGCUGACGUGGAGAACCAGAAGACGCCGCUCGUGACGGCCAUGGAGAUGGGCAAGCCGCAGCUGCGGGCUGACUCCGUGAACGAGCUCCUGGAGCGGGACGACGACGCGGGGCUGCGGCAGCUCGUGCAGAGGUUCUCGGAGGACCAGGUGCGGCGCCCCCAGCCCCUCCCCUCGCAGGCCGCCCACAUCGUCACGUCCCUGCACGUCGCGGCGCAGAAGGGCAAGCUGAAGUGCAUGCGCGUCCUGCUGGACAACUCUCCCUCCGCGGACGUGCUCGACGCGCCCGACCACGACGGCAACACGCCCCUCAUGACGGGCGUGAAGGAGGCGCAGCACGAGGCCGUGAAGAUGCUGCUGGAGGCCGGCGCGCACGUCAACGCGCGCAACAACAAAGGGCAAACCGCGCUGCACAUCAUCACUCUCGCCAUCCACAAGAACGCCAAACCCGAGGAGGCGCUGCAGAAGACGGCGAAACUCCUCCUCGACUGGCACAACAUCGACUUGGAGGCUCACAACGGGUCGGGCCUCACUGCGCUGGCCACCGCCGCCAGGUACCUGCCGGAGGGAAGCGGCGCGCCGCGCUCUGGCUUCCUCAUCGAGUUCUGCAGGAAUCUGGUGGCAGCUGGAGCCUCUCUGGAGGAGACCGUCGGGUCCGAAGCCAGCGAGGACGUCCUGAGGAAGAAGCAGGCUCUGACGGCCGUCCUGAUGGGCGUGGGGCGCGGCGACGCUCCGCCUCGACCGGCGCUUUCCAGGUUCUUGGAUCUGCUCGUCCUCCGCAAGGGCGCGAAGGAAAUAAGGGACUUCAUGCCGAAGAACUCCGCCAACUGCCGCCUGGGCUCCAAGUCGCUCCUCUUCCACGCCGUGGACUCCAGCGACGAGGAGCUGACGCGGCUGUUCCUCGACCGGGGCGCCGACCCCUGGGCCGCCGAAAUCACCAAGGUGCUGCCCAUCUACCGCGCCGCCGCCAAGGGGCACGCGCCCAUCUUCGAGCUGCUGCUGGAGCGCAUGAAGACGAACGCGAGCAAGAAGGUGGAUCUGCAGGAGCACACUUUCCACAUUCUGAAGAAGCUGAUCGAAAACAGCAGGCGGCAGAAGGGAGCGGCGCCAGAGAUCGACCACCUAAGGUGUCUGGAAAGGAUCCUGCAAAAUGACGUCGUCUUGAACCUC